UAAUGGCAGCAAGACAGUUCAUUCAAAGUACCCUUCUGUCAGACACUUGAUGCAUGUAUAUAAAGGUCUUCUGUUAAGAAUUUCAGUUGCUUAGUAAAGACUUGCUGCUUCAGAGACUGCUUAAAAAGUAAAAAAGAGAAACAUAUGUGUUUGCAAAGUGAAUUGGUGAACUUUGUACACUGCAGUCUUUUUUUCUUUUAGUUCUUCUUUUAGUGUAUACAGGCGGUGCAAUCUGUCACAAAAUAAUCAGUGUGACCAAUUAAAAACUAAUAUUUAAAGCACUUUAGAACCAGUCUCUAUUAGGGUUGGACAGGCUUUGGAUCAUUUCAGAUGUUGGAGCUGUUCUGUACAAGCUGCUUGUUGUUAAAUCAGGAGUUCUUAUAUGGAUUGACACUAAUAUGUUGUAGAGUUAUGAACUGGAAUUUUAUGGGCUAUGUAUCUGUGACUGACCUCUUAUGUGAGGCCUCAGCAUAAAUAGAGGCAUAGAACCUGGAAAUUAAACAAGGAUGCAUUAUUAAGUCUCAGCACUGAACUGGAAAUCUUUUUGGCAUCAGGGAUAUAAAGAACCUGCUGUUUUCCUCUAAUCCGUCUAAUAGGUUAAAUACUUUAAACGUGCAGUUGUAUGCAAAAGAUACACUUCCUUGAGUUUCACUGUGUAUUUAAAAACAAAAUUCUUAUUGGUCUACAUACCUCAGUACCAUAAGGCACACUGCUCUAUAUUAAUAUACAGUAUAUAAGUCUGUCCAUUCAAAAGGAACUUUGAGUUCAACCACAAGAGGAUACAACACGUACACUUUAAGGUGUUGACACAGUCCUGCACUCCAGUGAAAGAUGCCCUCUCCAGAGGCUCCGACCCCCAGCCCUGCAGAAGCCUUACUGCAUGGCCAGUUUGGAGGCUGGAGUAGUGGAUGUGGCAGCAGCAUCAGCAGCAACGGGAGCAGCUGUCCCAACAGUCCAGGUGGGCUGUCGUCCCCAGGCCCAGCUGCCAGCUAUGCCCUCACACUCACACACACCCACCUGCACGUCCAGAGACUGUCACCGCGGCCUGGCAAGGAGGCCCGCUUGCUUGUGCCGUUGUCAGAGCUGGUGGGCUGCAGCUGCCCCCGGGCCCCUGCGCCUCCCCUGCUGGUGCUGUACUGGUACCCCCCUGGGAAGCGGCGGAAGGGCGUGUCCAGGCGACGGCAGGUGCGAGCCUACCUGGCAGAGAGUCGGGGGGAUGCUGAACGGUGGUCUGCUGCAGUGCAGUGCCUGCUUCGAGGAGUGCCCGUCAGUGCCACCACAGAAUUUAACAGAAGCCUCCUUCCACGUCCCCGUCGUCUCCUGCUGUUGGUUAAUCCAUUCAGUGGACGAGGUCAAGCCAUGCAGUGGUGCCAAACUCACAUCCUACCUAUGAUCAGAGAAGCCAACAUCAGUUAUAACCUCAUUCAGACAGAACGACAAAAUCAUGCCAGGGAAUUGAUUCGGGACAUCUCUUUACCAGAAUGGGAUGGAAUUGUCAUAGUCUCUGGGGAUGGACUGCUGCAUGAGGUGAUAAAUGGACUGAUGGAGCGUCCAGAUUGGGAGCAAGCAAUAAAGACACCGGUGGGCAUCUUGCCCUGUGGUUCUGGAAAUGCACUCGCUGGCUCAAUUAAUCAUUAUGCAGGCUUUGACAUGUGCCUUCGUGAGCCUCUCCUCCUGAACUGCUGCUUCCUGCUCUGCCGAGGUGGGGUGAGGCCUAUGGACCUGGUGUCUGUGACAACCAGCCAGACUUCUGCUCGGAAUGGUCGGCCAUCCCCAAGACGCCUCUUCUCUUUCCUUUCGGUAGCCUGGGGUUUUGUGUCUGAUGUGGACAUUGAGAGUGAGCGCUACAGGGGCCUUGGCUCUGCCCGCUUUACCCUGGGGACCCUAGUGAGGCUGGCUUCCCUUAGGUCCUAUAAGGGCCGACUCUCCUACCUGCCUCCUUCUGUUGUGGGCUCUUCUGAUUCCACGCCUCCCCCCCAGCGGAGACCUCUAUCCAGGAGCAUCACAGAGGGGCUGGAGGGGUUUUGUCGGACACCCAUCCACCGGACGGUGUCUGACAUGGGCUUGAGUGAACAGAGAAGCCUGCGGAGGGGAGAGGGGGAGCGGGAGAAGGAGAGCGAGCGAGAAAAGGAGCGGGAGAGGCGUCGGGAGAGGGCAAGAGGUGUGGGUGUGACCAGGGCAAGCAGUUUGGCUGAGGAUAAAGAAAAGGAAGUUGAAGCAGAAGAACUGGAAAAGGAACAUGUUAUGAGUAAAACAAAUGCAACUGAAAGGGAUGGCAGUGUGGAUGAAGCCAUACUGAACAAGGAAGAACAGACUGAGAGAGAAACUCCGACAUCACAGUCAGAAGAUGGAACAGAGGAGCCAGAUUCCAAUGACAAAGACGAGGAACAAAUACAGGAGUCUGGUGAUGAGAGGGAUGGGACAUAUGAUGGCGUUUUGGAGGCAGGGGAAGUGAACGAGGGGUAUGGAGUAGACAUGGAGAGGGAACCUAAUGAGUCUGAUGAGUGCUGCCUGGACUCCAGCAAUCAAGAGGCUCUUCGGAGGGGGUUGCGCAAAAACUCUGCCCCAUCUAGCCAAAUAGUCAGGUCCUUUUUUGGUCUAUCCACAGGCCAAGGCCCUCCUCUGGGGUCUGAUGCCUCUUAUGACAAUGAUGAGAUUGACCUGAAUGGGACAUACCCCUUUCAGAGUGAGCCCUAUCCUCUCGAUAUAGCUAGAGAACGAGCCCUCACAAUUUCUUCACCUUUCCGCCACAGCCCUUUCUCAUACAAGCCCAAGUCCUCGGAUCAUAACCAGAAUAUGUCCAGACCACGCCCCCUCUCCCUCCUUCAACAUUCUCACUCUAACUCUCUUCCCCCAAAACUCCCUUCUCUUUCACUGUCUCUAUCCCCGACACCUCCUUCAUCCCCGUCAUGUACCUCACCACAUUCUUCCUCUUACUUGGCCCCUAGACCUAACACUCCCAGCUCUGCAUCUCCUUCCCCAUCCCUUCGUUCCCCCUCCCCUUCUUUCACUUUUGAGGUCCCUGAAGCCACUGGCCACAUUAGGAACCGGCCUGCAGCUGCCACGACUCUCAACCCUCCCAAGGAUGACCUCCUACCUCCUCUGGAUCAGCCACUGCCAGCCCGUGACUGGGUAACCAUUGAGGGAGACUUUGUCCUGGUGCUGGCCAUCUACCAGUCUCACCUGGGUGCGGACCUUCUUGCUGCACCUCAGGCCCGAUUUGACGAUGGCCUGAUCCAUCUGACAUUCGUCAGGGCAGGAAUCUCUAGGGCUACCCUCCUACGGCUUUUCCUGGCCAUGGAGAGGGGGGCUCACCUCUCUCUCAGUUCCCCCUAUGUGAGCCAUGUAGCAGCUAAAGCGUUCCGGUUGCAGCCCCUCUCUCCGCGCGGCACCCUGACUGUGGAUGGAGAACUAGUGCCCUAUGGCCCACUCCAGGCCCAGAUCCAUCCUUCCAUGGCUAGACUCAUCGUGGGUGAUGCAGGAGUGAAGAUCACCAAAUUUUGAAUGCUGGCAUCUAAUCAACAUUUUGCCAGGAGUGGGUUUU